AUGACGAUGGAAGCUUCGUCUUUGACGAUGGACUACUUUGUGUUUGUAGCCUUCAUCGUAAUUUCGUUCGUUAUACCUUUGUGGGGCAAAUUUCGAGCGAGAAAAAAAGAAACGAAAGCUGAUUAUGUCUUCGCUACGGGAACGGUUUCCAUGGGAGCUAUGAUGCUGUCGAUCGCGAGAGGAACUCUUGGAGUCAGGUCCUUCCUGGGAUAUCCUUCGGAACUCUACUUCAAGGGCAGCGCGAUGUGGGAAACUCUUUAUGGGAUGCUGUUGGCGUAUCCCAUUGUUUGCUUCGUUUUCGUGCCUGUUUACUACAGUCUCGGAAUCACAUCCGUCUACCAGUAUCUGGACAUGAGGUUUAACUCCAGAUUAGUUCGGUGUCUUGCCAGUUUCUCAUACGUCAUCAGAAGCUUGCUGAACCUGGCUGUAACAGUUUUUACGCCAUGCGUUGCUUUAUAUACUGUGAUAGGCCUUCCAUAUUGGGCCAGUAUAAUUGGCAUAACAGCCAUAUCCGUCGCUUUUACUCUUAUGGGUGGUUUAAAGGCUGCCAUAACUUCUGACGUUAUUCAAGGACUUACAAUGAUUGGGGUUUCGAUUAUAAUUAUCAUUCAUGGUACCGUAGAUGUUGGCAGUGUUAGUACUGUUUUCAACGUGACUAAAGAACGUGGACGCCUCGACUUUUUCAAUUUUGACAUGGAUCCAACGAUUCGAGUUUCGACAGUUUCGGCAACAGUGGGUCAGCUUUUCAUGAGCUUGUCAAUUUUUGGAUGUCAACAAAACUUUGUGCAGCGAUACUGCAGCAUGAGUAGUCGCGGAAAGGUUGUCAAGACGAUGAUGGCGAACAUGCCUGUAAUAACUGUCCUCUUCUCCCUCUCCUGGGUGGUAGGAAUGGUGAUCUUCGCCAAUUACUUAGACUGUGAUCCCUACACCAAAGGCUACAUUUCCAAAUUCGACGAGAUAGUCCCCUUCUACGUGGAAGACAAAUUCAUCUAUCUCCCCGGAUUUUUGGGUCUCGUGAUGGCGACCCUAUUUAACAGUGCCCUAACCUUAGCAGUCUCGAACCUCCAGUCCCUCGCUACAGUUACCUUCGAAGACUUCCUCAGUCAAAUGCCAGUCUUCAGCAACCUAAAGGACACCCAGCAGCUACAUCUGAUUAAGGCAGUCGGUCUGAUUUAUGGCUUUUUGAUAAUAGGAAUCAGCUUCCUCGUGGGAAUGCUACCAGGUGUCAUUGAGUCAUCAAUGCUAAUGACGUCAGCGACAUCUGGUCCACUUCUUGGAGUUUUCGUGUUAGCAAUGCUCGUGCCUUGUGCAAACUGGAAGGGGGCCUCCGCAGGGAUGAUUUUCAGCCACAUUACCACCCUCUGGUUGACGUUUGGACGACUGAUGCUGAAUCUUCCAGUGGAAAAUCUGCCCCUCUCUAUAGAAAAUUGUGCUAACGACACGUUCUCUCCGCAAGUAAUGCGACCAGCGUACAUCUGGUCUGAGAAGGCGCAAAAUGAAAUAGUUGAAGAGGUCAGCACGUCACCUCUCCAGUACCUCUAUGGAAUAACCUACAUGUAUUACGCUCUUAUAGGAAGUCUGACCACCGUUCUGGUAGGCAUCCUCGUCAGUCUACUCACGGCUGACCCAAAAGGAGAUGUUUACGAGGAACAUUUACUGCAUCCCAUGGCCUUAAAGCUUUCAAGACUGUUUCCUGGUCGACCUAGAAUUUACUCUGGAAGCACUAGGCUUGGAGAUGAAGGCAACAGCGCCAAAGACGAGGCCUCUUCAGUAACCUCCAUCCCCAAUGCGAACGCCAAACUCAACCUCAAGCCCGAGAUGAUCGAAAAUGGAAAAAAUUCAGGGGAUUCCUACAUCGAGAAACUGGGUGCUCUCAAGAGGGUCUCUCUUCAAGUUACAAAUGAAAUUUCCAAAGGAACAAGGCUUUAAAAUUAACUCAUUAAGGAAAUUGAUUUUGUGAGAUUACGACCAGUAUAUUAUUUCCAAACUUACAUUCAUCCAGGAGAAUUGGUUUUGUGAACUGAAGAAUGAUCUGAAACAAAAGUAAACGCGAAAGGUGAAAUUGCCCUUCAUGAAUUGUUAUGCUUAGGAUGCUGAAAUUCCUAAGUUUUUGUAUUUUGAAACAACUUUUUAUAAGCAUUUUAUGUGACUGUGUUAGAUAAAAGAAACUAUCAGUAAUUCCUUUUCGAUAUGUGGAAUUGCAGUGUGCAUGAAACUCAAGUGGAGUUAAUGGGAAUAAUGUAUGACUCACAACGAAAGUGAAUUCUGAGGAUGUGAAAAGGAAUAUUCCUCUUCGAGAUAUAGUGAAUCGUGUAUCUUGUUUCUGAACGUGACUUAUCCCGUGGUUCGGAUUAGAAAAACAGACUGACGAUCCGGCGGAAAACCGGAGAAGCUAUGACCAGUUUUUAUCAAGUUUUAUUGCCCCUAGUUGCUGAUGGGCACUCGGCGGAUGUGGAAAAGACAACGAAUCUAGUUCUGUGAGAAUGAAAAGGCUAAUGAAGCCUGACUGUUUGUUUUUUUGUUUUUGAGCAAUUGUUAUUGAGGAAAGUUUUUAAAAGUAUUGCUUAUAUUUAUAAUGGAAAAUUAAUGGUGCUGUACAUAGUCAGAGUUAAGAAUUUGUUAUUUUCUUGUAAUCGCAAGUGAAGAUGGUGAAGAUAAAAAAUAUUUAAGAAACGAAAUACUCAAAACUCUGGUUUAAGGCGAAUGCGAAACAUCUUCCGAGAGGUGCAUAACUUCUGCCAACGGUGUACAUAAAUUAUUGCAAUAACUUUGAAGCCACUUGAAAAUUAUGUUGCAUAUUUAAGAUUAUGUAAUAGUUCACAUUCACUUUGAAUUGUACAACUUUACAUCGAACUUUUGAAGUUGUGUACUACUCGCCACCUCUGGAUGUGCCGGUAUAUGUUUGCGAUCAUCUUUGGUACCUUUAAGGAGGCUCUAAAAAACGGGUCGAGUGGUGUGCGCACUGUACAAGUAGGUGUAUAAGUAGGUACGUAUGUCACGAGAUUUUGCGUAUGAGACUUUGAAAAUGUAUGUGUAUCAAAGGACAUGCAUCUAGAGUGGAAAAGUGCAAAAUUUUACUUCUCAAUUUUACAUAUGUCUUCUUGGAUAUGAUGGUAUGAGUCUGCGUGAAUCUUGAUGUCACUGCGCAGAGUGAAAGUCACACAAACAAACACGUGCGUCUAACUCAGACCACUUUUGCUGAAAACAGCGAUAUUUUGUGACUUUUAUACAUAUGUAGCACACUUCCGUUUUUUUUAUCAACUGCCUCGAUAAACAAAUCCAUAUUAAUGGCUACACAGCCCUUGGCUAAUCUUUUAUAAUUACAAAAGAAGAAACAAGAAACUAUUUUUAACUUCGAAUGAAACUGUAAUUGUUAUUUGUUAAAGUAUGAAUUGUGCGAAUAGCAAAGGCUCAGUGAAGGGUUGAGACUAAGAUAUAUAAUGUCGGUUCAAAUAAGAAAAUUUUUUUAAGGAUAAUUGUUUGACCGUCCAAUCUUUAAACCACAUAGGUGUUGUAUAAUUCGUCUGAACCUGUAGAUAGACAUGUUUUUGUAUUUCGUUGUAUGAAAGAAGUGAUUUAAAAGAGUGUGAUUCGACUGAAUCAUGCAUGUAUUUGCCCUAGGCAUAGAACUUGACUCAAUUGUAUUAUUUUUUUAUGUGACGAAUUUGAAGACCAAUUUAGGAUUGAAAUUACCAGGCCAGGCUGAACGAUUAGGGCAGAUAUGAACGAGAGUCUUAUGCUUCUCUCUAUUGUAGAUAUAGUUGAUAAGGUAGUUUACGUAGUAGUGAUAUUAUUAUAAUCGGCCAAACAACCCAGUCGGUUGCUCAAUGGCAGCGGUGACAGUCGACGCCUCUUCGAUCUGCUAGAUCGAAAAGAACUAUUCUACAUUUCAUUUUAAAAAUGUACGAUGUACAUAUAAAUAUAUCCAAGGUUUUUAGAAACGAUUUCAAUUUAA